AUGGUGAAGCAGCUAGAAAAGCAGAGCGAUAGCCUUCCUCGGGACGACGAUCCCGUCGAGAAGACCAGAUCUCUCAUCUCUGCUCUCAACUACGUUUCUCGCGACCUCCUCUUGCCUCCUCACCUCUACGAUUCCGUUUCCUCCAUCUACCAUGGCUCCCUCUCCGAUGCCUCUCCUCCUCCGCCUCCUCCUCCUGAAAUUCGUUCGACUCCGUAUGGAGGUGAUUUGAUGAGUGAGUUCGAAGAGGCACUAUUGAAGCGGCGACCAAACUGUGAAUCAGCCUCUCGACUGACCAAAUUGAAAGAAAUUCGGGAUGAGAAUCAUAUCCAACACCGAUUAUCUCAGCUUGAAGGAUUGCCUUCCACUAGAGGUGAACGCUUGCAGGAAAAAUGUUUACUCGAGCUUUAUGGGCUUAAGCUACGAGAGCUGCAAUGCAAGGUUCGGGAUGAGGUGAGCUCGGAAUACUUGCUGCGUUUGAAGUGUACACGUCCUGAAAACCAACUAUAUGACUGGCACAUGAUGCGGUUGCCUCGCCAGCUUUAUGGGGUUGGAGACCCUUUUGCUAUGGAAGCUGAUGAUCAGUUCAGAAACAAGCGUGAUGCCGAGAGGUUAUCAAGAUUAGAACAAGAGGAGAAGAAUCUGAUUGAAACGACACAGAGGAAAUUCUUUGCAGAAGUACUCGAUGCUGUUCGUGAAUUCCAGUUGCAAAUUCAGGGGUCUCAGAAACGCCGUAAGCAAAGAAAUGAUGGUGUCCAGGCCUGGCAUGGAAGACAAAAGCAUCGCGCUACCCGAGCUGAAAAAAUAAGGAUUAUGGCCCUUAAAUCUGAUGAUCAAGAAGCAUACAUGAAACUAGCAAAGGAGAGCAAGAAUGAAAAACUAACCCUGUUUCUAAAGGAGACAAACAAAAUCUUUAUUAGUUUAGGUGCUGCAAUCCAGCGUCAGAAAGAUGCCAACCUUGUGAAAGGCUCAGAAUCUGACUUAUCUGAAGUUGAUGCUCAAUGGAAUGAAACGCCCAAUGAUAAUGACGAUUCUAAUGACUUACUACAAGGCGAGAGGCAGUAUAACUUGGCUAUCCAUUCAAUACAAGAUAAGGUGACGAAGCAGCCAUCACUUUUACAAGGUGGAGAACUAAGAUCCUACCAAUUGGAAGGGCUUCAAUGGAUGGUCUCUCUAUUCAACAACAACUAUAAUGGAAUUUUGGCUGAUGAGAUGGGUUUGGGAAAGACUAUCCAAACAAUCGCAUUGAUCGCGUAUCUUCUUGAGAAUAAAGAUGUGCAUGGGCCUCAUCUGAUUGUUGCUCCAAAAGCUGUGUUACCAAAUUGGGAAAAUGAGUUUGCAACAUGGGCUCCGAGCAUUGCCGCUUUUCUUUACGAUGGACCGAAAGAUAAAAGAAAUGAAAUAAAAGCAAGAAUUGCACAAGAAGGAAAAUUCAACGUAUUGAUAACCCACUACGAUCAUAUCAUGAAAGAUAAAUCGUUUUUGAAGAAAGUGGACUGGCACUACAUGAUUGUUGAUGAAGGACAUCGGCUGAAGAACCAUGAAUGUGCUCUUGCAAAGACUCUAAGGACAGGAGGCUACCGUAUUAAGCGCAGACUUCUAUUAACUGGGACUCCCAUACAGAACAGUCUGCAGGAACUAUGGUCGCUGCUCAACUUUCUCCUUCCUCACAUCUUUAACUCAGUUCAGAAUUUCGAAGAAUGGUUUAAUCCUCCUUUCGCAGAACGUGGUAGUGCCAAUCUUACAGAUGAAGAGGAGUUGUUGAUGAUUAAUCGUCUGCAUCAUGUCAUAAGGCCGUUUCUACUGAGAAGAAAGAAAAGUGAAGUUGAGAAAUUUCUUCCUGGAAAGACACAGGUCAUACUCAAGUGUGAUAUGUCGGCUUGGCAAAAAUUGUAUUACAAACAAGUCACAGACGUUGGCAGGGUCGGUCUUCAAACGGCGAAUGGGAAAUCAAAGAGUCUACAGAAUCUGACAAUGCAAUUAAGAAAGUGCUGUAACCAUCCGUACCUAUUUGUUGGAAGAGACUAUGACAUGUGGAAGCAGCCGGAGAUUGUGAGAGCUUCAGGGAAGUUCGAGCUCCUUGAUCGCCUCCUUCCAAAACUGAGAAAAGCCGGACACAGGAUUCUUCUCUUCUCUCAGAUGACUCGUCUCAUCGAUCUUCUCGAGAUUUACUUGACACUCAAUGAGUAUAAGUACCUCAGACUCGACGGUACCACAAAGACGGACCAGAGAGGAUCUUUACUGAAGCAAUUCAACGAACCGGACUCUCCUUACUUCAUGUUUCUCCUGAGCACACGUGCCGGUGGUCUUGGUUUGAACUUGCAAACUGCAGACACUGUGAUUAUAUUUGACAGUGACUGGAAUCCACAAAUGGACCAGCAGGCGGAGGAUCGUGCGCAUCGGAUAGGGCAGAAGAAGGAAGUGAGAGUGUUUGUUUUGGUUAGCAUUGGCUCCGUUGAAGAAGUUAUAUUGGAGCGUGCAAAGCAAAAGAUGGGCAUUGACGCCAAAGUCAUACAAGCAGGACUAUUCAACACAACUUCUACUGCUCAAGACCGAAGAGAGAUGCUGGAGGAGAUCAUGAGCAAAGGAACGAGCUCACUGGGGACAGAUGUGCCGAGUGAGAGAGAGAUCAACCGGCUCGCAGCUCGAACGGAGGAUGAGUUUUGGAUGUUUGAACAAAUGGACGAGGAAAGACGUCAAAAGGAGAAGUACAGGACUCGUCUCAUGGAAGAGAAGGAAGUUCCUGAGUGGGCUUACACUUCACAGACUCAAGACGACGAGUCUAAGACUUCGAAAUCCCUUUUCGGUAGCGUCACGGGUAAGCGGAAACGCAAAGAAGCAGUGUACAGCGACUCGUUAAGCGAAUCGCAGUGGAUGGAAGCGAUGGAGAGUGAAGGUGAAGAAGAAGAUGCUCCAAAAGUCUCUCAGAAAGGAAGGAGAAUAAGGAACACGAACAACACAAAGACACCAAUGAGUAAUAAUGGGUUAACGGUAGGGUCGAGUAGAAGUGAAGAGAAGGAAGAAGAUGAAGAAGAGAUGGAGGAGAGUGGGGAACAGAGCGAAGAAGAAAAUGAGAAGAAGCCAACAUUUGGUUGGAAUACUCUUAAGAAGAAGAAACGGUCAAGAUACUCUGCUGUGGCUUCUUCAUCUGACUCUAAAGCUAGAAGAAGCUCAAACGGAAGUAGAUGA